AUGUCUCAACAGAAAUCUUCACAGUCGGGGCUUCGGACAGUAACACGGGACUUCUCGUCCAGCACAAAGGCUAAGGACGAGCCGAUAUCAUGGCCGAAGACAAACGAGCCCAGGGGGCAGCGUUUUAAGGAUAUUGAAGCUGGUAUUUCGCAACGAGAAGUUUCUAUCCCACCGCAGAGCAAUGAGAAUGAGAAUGUUGCACCUACGCAUAUAGUCAGUGGUAGUAAACGACUUCUUGAAAUAGCUCUGGAAGAUCUUCAAGCCCCGAAGAAACGUCAGCUGCCUCCCAAUUGGCAGGAAGAUCCCCCCACGAGGUCCCCUUAUUUUUCAAAUGCAUCGUACGCGAAAAAUCCAAAGGCUCUCUCGCAGACACGGGCCGAACCAAUCACUUUGGCAAACGUGACUUCUAACACCGCAUCCAAGAUAGUUCUCAGUCAAGAACAGACCCAGAUUCUUCAACUUGUAGAACAGGGGAAAAGCUUGUUCUACACGGGUAGUGCUGGUACUGGGAAGUCGGUUCUCCUCCGGGAGAUCAUAAAGAGUCUUCAAAAGCGCUACUGCAAGUCACCGGAUGCAGUUGCUAUAACGGCUUCGACUGGUAUGUGUGCGUUCCAUGCAAGUAAAGUUUUUCCAUUAAUCCACUCGAAAUGUAGGCAUCGCUGCAUGCAACAUAGGCGGAGUAACCAUCCACUCUUUUUCAGGAAUUGGCAUCGGAGAGGGUUCCGCAGAGGAUCUUUCUGUCAAAGUUCGGAAGAACAGGAAAGCUACUUCGCGGUGGAUACGCACUAA